AUGGAUUCUAACUCUCAGUUACACCUCACACAUGGCCAUCAUUUGCACAACUACGGAAGCAACUUUCCAUCUGGUUCCGGCCCCUCAUCUGUGUUGGCUGACCUGUCUCCAAUGGAUUUUGCGAGCGAUGCUAUGAGCUCAGGAAUGGACUUUGCCGCUUUAAUCGGAGAGGGAGAAGAGCUGAUUAGGAAAGUCAGUUAUGUUCCGAAAGAUGCAGUUACCUGUCAGAUUUGCGGUUUGAAAGUGUCAAAUCAGCGUUCGAGUCUUGUCUAUCACGCAAAUACGAAGCAUAUAAAGCUGAACCUGUACCAGUGCGCAGUGUGUCAGAAGACGUGGCAAACGAUAGCUAAAUCGGACGUAUUAAAGCAUGUGAAGGCAAUUCAUAACGGGGAUGAAAGCAUGAUUGUCGACAAUCGGAAACGGCUUGGCUAUCAGCUGCGUAUGUUUACUGCUCGAUGUUUUCCACCUAAACCAAACAACAAGGCCCGUCCUCUUACAGCAGGUUGUUCACCGCCUCGUCCAGGUGUAUCUUCGAACGAGUCCGACUAUAGCGGCAUGCAUCCUGAAUCUGCAAGCCAAAUCCUACAGUCUUUUAUUGUGUCAGGAGGAGGAAACACACUAAACGCUCCAAAAGAAGAGCCAGACAUGGAUCACGACGAGGGUGAACAUGAAGAGACUGGUGAUGGUUUGGAUGAGGUUGACAAUUCUUACGGUGACGGGAAUGUUAUGCAAGCUGCACUGGCCUGUAUGGUUGCUCAGCAGCAGCAACAACAGCAGCAGCAACAACAACAACAACAACAGCAUCAGCAGAGACAGCAGCAGAUGCUUCGUCAUCACGAGCAUUCUUAA